AUGGAGAGAGGAGAAAUGUUAUUCCUACGCUAUUCUUCCCGUUGGGUUCGUCAAUACGUCCGGCAUCAGCUGGAUUUAAACGUGGACGGAAGCGAUCACGGGUCUUUUCCUUGGGUUCCCCCACGUCAUUGCAUAUCGGCUCGUUGUCCUUGUCAAUUCAUUGAGGAGCAUCUCAAAUAUAAACCCAGAGGCAAGUUAACAUUUAGAAAAUUUUUUCAAUUACCUAAUUUUAAUUUUAAAUAA